CGUGUUGUGUGCGCCUCAGUUCGAGUCCUGUCGUGUGUGUUCAAUCAAUCGACUUAGGGAGGGUUUCCCGUUCUCUCUCGAUCGUCUCUCCCUGCCAUCAGUUAUCAUGGCCGAAGAACCUAAUGACAUGAAGGACGAAGUGAGGGAAGAGCCUGAAAUUACGGCCUUUGACCCAACAAAGAAGAAGAAGAAGAAGAAAGUGGUGAUUCAGGACACUCUUGACGACUCGACAGAGUUGCCAGCAGAGAAAGCUGAUUCAUUGCCAGCCAGUGAUGGUCUUGAAAGCACAUUUACUGGUAUGAAGAAGAAGAAAAAGAAGCCUGUUGAACCAAGCUCUUUGAAUGAGGAAUGUGGAGAGGCCGGAGAAGAUAUAGAUGACCUUGGUAACGAUGAGGAAGAGGGCGAUGGAAUAGUCCUCCAGCAGCAGCGUUACCCCUGGGAAGGAAGUGAUCGUGAUUACGAGUAUGAGGAGCUGCUUGGCAGGGUUUUUAACAUUCUUCGUGAGAAUAACCCUGAGCUUGCAGGAGAUAGGCGUCGUACUGUUAUGAGGCCUCCUCAAGUUCUUCGGGAGGGUACAAAGAAAACCGUAUUUGUAAAUUUCAUGGACCUUUGCAAGACGAUGCAUCGCCAACCGGAUCAUGUCAUGGCUUUCUUGCUUGCUGAACUGGGUACUAGUGGUUCACUCGAUGGACAGCAAAGGUUGGUCGUCAAGGGAAGGUUUGCCCCCAAGAACUUUGAAGGGAUUUUGCGACGAUAUGUCAAUGAGUACGUCAUUUGCCUUGGUUGCAAGAGUCCGGACACACUUCUUUCUAAGGAGAAUCGACUUUUCUUUCUCAGAUGUGAGAAGUGUGGAUCAGGACGAUCGGUGGCGCCGAUCAAAGCUGGUUUUGUUGCUCGUGUGGGUCGGAGGACUGGCAAAACAUAAGCUUCCCCUUGCUGUAAUAACACUGGAGUUUUGUUGUUAGUCUCGUCUUGUAUGUGGUUGUUGCUUAUCCAAGUUUUCAUGACAAAUUAUGCUGAAGAGACUAUAUGGGUUGGUAGGUACCCCUAGACCUCGAGCAAAUUACAAACUUUACGGGUUCGGAUAAUCCCACUGGUUGGUUCUUUAUUUCUUUAUCAGAUGUCUUUUGAUGUAAAUGAUUCAAGGUUGCCUUUUGAACUUUGUGGAUUGCCCAUGAGUAAAGUUUGCACAUUAUGAUGUAAGAAGACAUUAUAUGUGUUAUGGAGUA